UUUCGAGGCAAGGUAUAUGAUGAUCACCUUUGGCCAGCCGCAUAUGCAUGGAAUUCUUAUCAUUUUAACAAGCACAUAACAGCUAUUCAACAAGCAAGGCCAACAGCAAUAUCCUACUUGCAAAAGAAUCACAUAAGGUUAUGGACCAGGAGCCAGUUCACGACACUCUCAAAGGUGGACUAUGUGACCAAUAAUCUUGUUGAAUCCUUCAACAAAUGGAUCAAGCCUUACAAAGGAAUGCAUCUUCCAGAAUUCAUUGACAAGAUGAGGCACGAGCAAAUGAUCAUGUGGCAUAAGAGAAGGAAGGUUUCUAGGAAAUGGAAAGGCGGAAUUAUGCCACACAUUGUGAAAUAAUUGCAUGAGAAGAGCAGAGGUUUGACAUUUCAGGUAACAAGAACUAGUGACACUGAAGCUGAAGUGCAGUGCAAGGCUGGGAGUGGUUAUAGGCAUGUUGUCAAUCUCAGCAGGUGGACUUGCACUUGUAGAGAGUGGCAGGUUUGCGGAUAGCCUUGUGUGCAUGCUAUUGCAUUCAUUGGGCAUGUUCGAGGGUCUAUAGAGGAUUAUGUUGAUGAUUGUUAUAGUGUGGAAAAGUUUAGGGCUGCAUAUGAGCAUAUCAUUCCUGGAUUGGUUGACAAGUCUCAAUGGCCCAAAUGUGAUCAUGGCUUCUUCCUAGAACCACCUAUACUAAAGAGCGUAGCGGGGAGACGAAGAAAGAAUAGAUACAAAGGAUCCAAAGAAAGGUCAAAAGGGGCUCACAAAUGCCCAAUCUGUAAACGAUAUGGGCACCAUUGGCACAGUUGUAGAGAUGGUGAUCCUGAACAAAAGGCAGCUAUGCUUCUUGAAAGGGGGCCACCAAAGAAGAGGAGAAAGAAGAAGAGUGCCAUACAGGACCCUGAGGCGGCCAUGGUAGUUGCAUGUGCUUCUACAACUGCUCCGGUCAUGGUAUACCCAUCUAGCACUGAUCUAGUUUCUCAAAUAAAUGAGGAUGUUGGCCCAAGUUCUAGUUUAGUGAGAUCUAUCAAGGGUUCUAAAGAACCAAAACAUGCUUCUGGGGAACAAAAGGAAAAAUCUAAGAAGAGUGCGCCGCGAAAGGGAAAGGGUAAGGCUGCCAAAGAGAAGAUUGCCUCACGAGUUGUUGCUGUUGGAGAGCAGACGCCAAAAGGCAAAGAAAAAUGCAGCGAAGUUGCUCCACAUGAUAGCCCAGCCAUGGGUACAAGAAGCAAAAGGACAUCUCAUAGCCCAGCUAUGAGCACUAGGAGCAAAAGAGCACCUGUUAGAUUGGACUUGUAGUGUGUGCUCUGUUUCGGUGUAUGUUUGACAUUAAAACAUGUUGAGACCCCUCUGUUUUGUGUUGUGAUGAACCAAUAUGGUCUUGUAACAACUUUGAUGUUUGUGAGGGUAU